AUGUUCAAAUUGGAAUCAUAUAUAACACCAGUGAUUCUUAGUUACGUUGAAAAGUAUGUGAAAAAUUUUAAACCAGAACAAUCUCAGGUUUCUUUAUGGGGCGGUGAUGCAUCAUUCCAAAAUCUAGAUUUGAGAUUAGAAGUUUUGGAAGAACAACUUAAUCUUCCUUUUGUCUUCGUUAGUGGUCAUAUACAUGAACUGCUUAUUCAUGUUCCUUGGGUAAAAAUCACUUCAGAGCCAAUUGUUAUCACAAUAAACACAAUAGAAUGUAUUUUAAAAUUAAAAGAUGAUACAAAAGUGGAAACUAGUACUUCUGGACUACAGAAGAGGCAAGAGAUACCGGAGGAAGAGACUCCACCUGGGUACAUAAAAAGUAUAGUGACAAAGGUUGUAAAUAAUAUAACAAUCAAUUGUAAUAAUUUAAUUCUAAAAUAUGUCGAAGAAGACAUUGUUCUUAGCGUGAAUGUCAGAUUUUUAAGUAUGCAGACUGUUGAUAAUAAAUGGGAACCAGCCUUUACCGAUGUAAACGCGUAUGAAGUUAUGCUUAGAAAAGUUAUUACAAUACAAGAUCUAACAUUAUGUUUAGACAAAAUGGACGCUUCUGGAAAAAUAGAAAUAUAUCAGGAUCCCGUUCUAUAUCGAUGUUCCGUUAUAAUACGUUUGAUCAUAAAUUAUCACAGUAACACUGCAAGAAAAGCUUCCAUCACACGACUUGAUCUUCAUUGUCAGAAAAUGGAGUUUAGUAUAACGGAACAGCAAGUACCAAUGCUGUUGAGAUUAGCUGCACUGAUAAUGGCAUUGCAAACAAAACAGUUUCCAUCUAAUAAAGAAAAGUCCCUAAUCUCUGCAGAAGAAAGGGACGAUAGCAUACAAGAUGAUAUUAUCGAUCACGUAAGCGGAGCUGCCACUGACACUACAGGUUGGGGUGGAUGGGCUUGGAAUAUGGUAUCGUCUUUGUUACCCAUUGACUGGGACAAUGAUUGGUCUACAGAACAACAAAUGGCUUACUCUGGCCACACUAUUCAUUUGGGUGUAUAUGUACAAGACACCACCUUGACUUUUAAAACAGUAGAAAACAUUAAGGAGCAAUUAUUUUAUAAAUCACGUAAACUCAGAUAUAAAUCGUUCCUGACACUGAGAUUAAAUGGUGUGGUGGUGGAUACAUUGCUUCAAGGAAUUGCUGUGACCAGCUUUCACGUUGGAAUGGGUUGUAUACGCAUAUAUCCAAGGGGGACCUGCAGCUGUGGACAUCUGGAAGUAGUCGAUGGAGCACAACCACCCUUAUAUUUAAUAGCAGGAAAGUUAAACACUGAUUACUUGAAAGAUUCAUUAUUUGACAAUGAUUCGGCGGAAAACAAAGGAAAAAAAAGAGAUUACAAGCAAGGAAUUUAUUAUUAUCUAAACACAGUUUCAGGGAAAAGACUAAUAGAACGGUGCCCUGCUUUUGCUAUGGAUUAUGUUCACUGUGUCGAAUUACCUGACGACAUCACUCCCGAAAGACUGGCAGAAUUUGGAUCCAAUUUUGAAUAUAGCAACUUUGAUGAACGUAGAGUAAUGAGAUAUAUCAUAGGUGAUUUAACUAUUCGAUUGUGUUCGGGUGUUUUUCAUCGUAUUGAAACAAUAAAGCAAGCUGCCGCAAAUUAUGACUACAAUCCGUAUCUUAUCUCGAAACCAGAUCCACUGGUGGAUGAACUUCCACCAGUCACAUUAGAAGAAUACGAAGCUUUACGAGAAAAUGUAUCCAUGGUUAAAACAAAAUUAAUUAUGGUGAAAGCAGCCCUUCAAUUACAAUUAGCUGAUCAUUCUAUAAAUGGAUUACCACGACAACGAAAAGUUAUUGAAAAUAGAACGACACCUUUAACACCUGCUCUUACCGAUGACCCCUUCAUGAGCAUUGAAUGCGAUAAAGCAGUACUAACAUUGCUGCAGCCGUUAUAUCCAUUUAGACUCGCUGCCUGUGCUUCAAAACAGACUGAUCUUUCUACAGAAAUGUUCGAUCAGUGCCAUAAAGUUAUUACACUUCAGGUGACCGGAGCAAGAAGUCAACUUUACUUAACAAAUAAUUGCCAUACAUCGAUAGUAAUGCCUUAUUCGGUGGAAUGCAAAGCAAAGAAAUUAUUAUAUCCACAGUACUGGAGAAACGUUGAUUUAAUACAUGAAACGUAUUCAGUACAUAUGGACAGUAUUACAGUCACCGGAACAAAAGCGAAGUUGAUGGUUGCUGCAUCUAUAUUGACUUCAAUUUUCGAUCCAACUGACACAACAAACACUCUCGUGUGUUCUUCUUUGUUCAAUGAUGCCUGUAACGAAAUAAAUCCGGUAUAUCUGGAGUUGUUGUUAGAAAAUAUAAACUGCAAGAAAUUGUCAUCUUUGGUUACAAUCUCAAACGAGAUAAGCAUAAACUCAGUGAAAAUGUUUGCCCUAAAUGAGUCGCAGCAGGCUUUUAUUUUCUCAGGCCCGGAAAGCAAUAUGCAUGGUGAGGUAGAAAAUAAAUUACUGGUAACGGCUGUGAUGCAGUAUCCGAAAAAUGUUGAGAAGCAAACGCAUCCACCUGUUAUAUCGUUUCAAAUGGCGGACAUCAGAGCGUCGCUUGAUCCAUUGUUGUUUAAAUGGCUAGAGUAUCGUGUAACGCAUUACAGUUUAGGUACUUUGUGUACAACAAAGCCUGAAAUGCAACAGCACUUAGAAGGUGCAUCUUCUGAUACUGGCACUAAGAAAAAGACGUUUCCGAGCUUGCACGAGAGUGUGCAUAGUUCUUCGGAUAAAGAAAAAAGGAAGUCGGUUGUAACAACUGAGAAGUCGAAGACUGUACAAAAUGAUGAUAUUCAAAAGAAACACGAUUCCAAGUCUGACGAUAACAGACAGAACUUACAGAAUUUGGGAAUAUUGGCCAGAUUAGCAGAACUGUAUCCAUGGUGGUCUGGGCUUGUGUUAAGUGGGCGUGUUGGACAUAUUGUUACGUACAUACCGUCGAGUACGAUGAGUGGCAUUGGUGCAUAUGGUAUAGAAGAAGCAAAAGAUAGAGCACUGAAUACUGAUAACAACUUACAAAUGUUAAUAAUAAAGUUACCCGCCCUUAUUGUUCAUUCAUCUAACAUAAGUUUCGAAAUGCUGGCUCCUCAUCUUCAAGAAUUACCAGUUAAACUACCAAAAUCUAUGUGGACAAACAAAUUGGAAAGUUUUCCGUGGACGUUGAGUCUUGUGGAAUUUCAUUGUUACAUGUUACAACAACACAUACAAAAGAACUUCAUUAAAAAAGUAUCAUUAAAUGCUACAGUUGCUCUGACAACGAAAUUUACAUCGUCGAAAAUGGGAGAAAAUGCAUUGUCUUCUUUAAGUGUUUGUGUUCAUAUAGAUAAUUCUCCCAUUAUUAUUUCAGUGUCUGAAGAACAGGUAGUUUUUAUGAACAAAAUAAUUACGAGUAUUCUGAGUGUAUUGCGGGUUUCAACCGUUACUAAUAAAAGUGUUAUAGUUAGUGCUCAGUUGAAUACAGAAACACAAAUAGCUCUUCCUAUCAUCCCACAAACUCCGUCUACACCAACACAAUUACUGUAUCCUGAAGAUACAACUACGAAUUCGACUGUUUCAACAUCAAAAGAUGACACUACACCAGAAUCAGAUGAAUUGAUUGUAACGGCGUGGAUUCAAUGGACUAUAACAAAGAUUGCAUUGAAAUUAUAUGUGGCAGAAGUAGGAUCUUCAACUUCAUUGAAAUUAGUUCUUGAAUUGGAAGAUAUUAUUACCUCGGUAGAUCUGCAGCCUGUCUAUUUAAAAUUGAAGAGCAAAAUUACAACAGCCACUAUAUUUCAUUAUACUAGAGCACCGCAUUCGCCAACUUGGGAUAUCGGUGAGUAUGUGGGUGCAAUACUCUGCGGAAGGGAAGAUAAUUUGGAAAAAGGCGAUGAUUCGGGAUUUCUAAGUUUUACUCUGACUAGAGCAAAGUCUGGAAACGUUCAUACACGAUGGGGGACCUUUAAACGCCACAGAAGUCAAAAGAAAGACGUUAUGGCAGAAUCUACACUAUCCACUAAUAGUUAUAUUUCCGAAGUGGUUGUAAAAGUACAAAUGGUGGAUAUAAUUUUACCACUCACCAUAGUUAGCAAAUAUAUACAGCUAUUGAAGCCUUUUACCUGUUUCUAUCGAUCUAUCGAAAAAGACAAUACUGAAACGCCUGAUCAAAAUGCAACAGGUUUAAAUAACAUUGUAUGCCUUGACAAUGAAUCUUUACCAUUGGUAUAUCUGGACUUUAAGGGGCUUAGACUAAUGCUACCAGCUUCAAAUAUAAUAAAGUCCAAACCACAACAUGAUCUACUAAUGCUUCAGUUAGACGGAAUUCGUAUCACUCCACACGCAGAGAAUCCAAUUUGCAGAACACCUUUGAGAUUGGAUAUAUAUCAACUUGCAGCUCAAGCAAAUAUAUUAAGCAUACCAGGUUCUGCUGUGGAGGAUCGACAAUACCAAAUUAAUAUAAAAGGCGUGUGUGCUCAUACAACUACUUGGAAAAAUUAUCAAAUGAGUAUAAACAAGAAAAUGUCUCAAUCGUACCUUUAUACGAUGAAUGAAAAUCCUGCAUUAGAAUGGAACAAACUUGGACAUGGAAGUAGUUUGGAACAACAAUUCUCAACAUUUCCAUUAGUAUCGAAGUUCGAUUUGUGCUUGAUCAUUGCUCCACCGGUUCUAUUUAAACCGGACGUAACAGUAUGUGGAAGUGCAAUCGAAGUUAAUUGUAUUACCGACAUCGAAGUGACCGUAAAUUUAGAUCAAAUUCAAUUGAUUUCGAUUCUAAAUAAUGAAUUAAGAAAUUUGUCGCUGGGAAACUUUGAGCCGAACAGAAUCUUCGUUGAGUCGAGCAAUACAGCUCAUAAGAUUUCCACAACAAUGGGAGGUAUUAAACAAAUUACUUGGACGAAACAAUCUUUCGAUGAUACGGACGUUGAUUUUACUAAAGAUAGUGGUAUAGACUUUGAAACGUCUAGUGUGAAUUCGACCGUUAUUGGUAAACCAGCACGUCCAGAGAUUCCUAUACUGUUGCCAUUUGAAUUCCUGGUAAACUGUGGUAAAAUAACAUUUAUACUUUAUGAUAUUCAAAAAGCAAGUACAGAAUACCAAGUUGAUAUAAAUGAAAUUGAAGAAGACGAGAGUGAAAGUCAGAAACAACCGCUAUUUUAUAUCAUGGUUAAUCAACCAAAUAUCUAUUUUUCACAACAGCAUCCAUCGCAAAAAAUACAAGUAUCCUGUUUCGAUAUAACCAUGGCAUUAGGCGAAAAGGAGCAUCAAGACUUAAUUUCCAUACCAACAGAGAAGGAUUUCAAAAUGUUUAUGAUCGAAACGAAAAGUGGUGAUUUGCAUCCGGAUACUGGCAUACCGCCAUCUUUUGUAACAAUGAAAUAUGAAAAGACUUUAGGAAAAAAUCCACAAUUUUCUAUAGAUAUGGGUAGACCUACGAAAAUUUAUUUCUCUCUGUCCAGGCUAAGUCAGAUGUACCUUAUGAAAAAUAAGAUAUUAUCAUGCUUUAUGAGUGAACGGGAAUCAACACCAAUAGACCACCUCGAUGACACGGGGGUUCCUCCAGCAACAAAAACGAAAAAAUUAAAUUGGCCUGAUUUAAAUAUAAACACGAAGCAGGUUGUAUUGUCUCUGAAGACGGACUCUGGCGCUGAAAUAAUAAUCAGUUUGGCUUCUUUAUCUGGGAGCGUCACAUCCCUUCUAAGACCCGAUCGAAUAUAUUCCAGCACGUCUGUUGAUUCUUUCAUCGUAUCAGCGAUACUCAACGAAAAUAUAAAAGUCCUCUUGAACCCAUGGUGUUGCAAUAUUACCGUUUGUUUGCUCUGGGAGCCUUGGCAAAAUGCAAACUCCAUUCCUCAAAUACAAGUACAAGCUGACAGCGACAGCCUUUAUUUAGAUUUUGGACCGGAGCAGAUCAAAAUCAUAAAGAACGUCAUGGAAGAUUGCCAGCUGCUUCUGAAUGAACUGACAACAACUCCUUCAGAGAGUAAGAGUAACGAGAAACAAAUUGUAUUGUCUACCGAACAACAUUAUAAAGAUGAUCUUAAAGCGGGUGCAUUCCAAUUUGUCAACGGCAAUGCUGAUGAACUACCUUUUCCAUAUCAAGUUGUGUUUUUCGCCUGUCCUCAACAAUCGAUGGCUUGGAGAUACCCACAACCAAGAACGCUAACAAGGAUACAUGUCUCGCCAGUCCCAUUUGAAACACUGGAUUCCGACAGUGGUUAUAUCGACAAAGUGUCUUGCGUUCUUGAAUAUUGGAGCGACUGUCAUAUGUCCUACCAACGUUACGUUGAUUUCUACUUAUCCGAAACGAAUUCGUACCGCUUGGAGCUGCCUGAAAAAGCUCCAGCCCGAGCAGUGGCUUGUAUAUGGCGAGUAGUUCUGCUAUCAAGCAAUAACAAACCGCUUUCGAAAACAAUAAUCUCGGCGCGUGUUCUCGCGGCUUGUUUACGCAUUGAUUCCUAUUUCAAUUCUUCCAUUAUACCUAAUGUGCAAGCCGCUUUGAACAUCGGCGCCAUACACAUAUCCAUGUACAAUCACGUAAACCCAGUUAUGUACAAUAAUUUGCAACCGCCGUUGAAGGAUUAUACAUUGAAAGGUACCGUGCCUGAAACUCAAUGCUUCAUGACCUUGGAGCACAAAGAAGCUAUCCUUGUACUUAACAGAUGGAUAGAUGGAUCAACGUUGAUCGACAUCAGCGGUACAUUUGGCGUGUAUAUAUUAGAUUACGCUCAUCUGACCAUGCAAGAGAUACUGGAUCCGUUAGAAGCGAGAUUUCAGCUGUCAUUGUCAGACAAAACCGACAUAUCGUUAACAUGUAGCCCAUUCUCUCUAAAGCUUGGUCCGACAAUAGCGCAUACGCUCGCAGUCUCGGCGCAUUUAUGGUUUGCAUUCUUUGAGGAAGAAAACAAGAAUAUGAUCUUAUUUACUCGUUAUGUGGUGGCAAACGAUAGCAACGUACCCAUCCUGUUCAAUCAAAGCGGAACCAGGGACAACAUAUUACUGGAGAAUAGACAAUGUACCUUUUAUUCGUGGAAGCAUUUUGAUAAUAAAAUGAUCAGGAUAGCGAUAGAAGAGAAUCUUUGGCUGUGGAGCAAACCGUUCUCUGUGGGCACAGACGGCGUCCAAGCGAUCGAAUUCAACCAUUCGGAAACUAAAGCAUCAGCAUUCGUAAGCGUUACGUCUCUCUCUGCUACACAAAAGUUGGUGACCUUCUCUGGUCAACUGAUCAUUUCCAAUCAAUUGACCGACAUCUUUGAGAUGAAAUUGGUCAAGUACGAGGCUGACAUUGGGUCGAAAGUGACUCUAUUGAAAGAUGUGUAUCCCGUUUUCGGUAAAAGCCGUCCACCGUCUGUCAUACUCGAUGGAAAUAAAAAAAUGGCCAUACGUUUGCGCUUUACCAACGUGCCAAAUCUGUCUUGGACAGGAGAUAUUCCUCUUCAGCCUAAUGCCAAGUGGGGACAACCGUGGCUCGUGAAAGUACCAUUACAGGAACGUGGACAAUUUCUGAGUAUUUGGGUACGAAUAGUCACUCAGAUUAUUCAGGAAAAAAUAAAAGUUCUAGCUGUACUUAGUCCGCUUUACAUGAUCAAAUCGCAUUUACCUGUACCAGCCAGAGUACAAAUGGACACACCGUCGUUAAAGAUCUCUUUGAGUACAAUGGUGAACGGUCGCGGUGAGCGACAACAACUCUACUGUCCAGGAACAUUCGAACAUUUUCAUCAAUUGACAUUCCAACUGGAAUCUGGUGUAUCCACGUCCAAUCCGUAUGUACCGUUGUCUUACAGUUCCGUGGAUCAGCGAAAGUUUUUCAAAAGACCCGAAAUCGAAGACAUCGACGAGAUUCUAAAAGAUCUAGAGGGUCAAAGAGAAGAAGCAGAAUGGCCUUUCCAGGGGGACAUGGUGGAGGAAUGGAUAUCUGCUGAACAACCCCAGACACACGUGCAAGUGAAAUAUCAAGAUGCUGGAUUAGUCUCUAGUACUCUGUUGUUAGAACUACAACCGUGGUGUUUCAUGUUGAACUCCAUGGGUUGUCACUUGUCCCUCGUGUCAGAGGACAUAGAACUCUGUCAGAUACCUCAUUACGGUAUCGUGACACCGCCAAAACUGGAAGGUACGUUUCACUUGUGCGUUGGCGUUGGCGACACAUUCUAUACGUCUCAGGCUCUUCAACUGGCACGACCCGAUUGGAGUCAGAGUUUCUACAUGCCAAGAAUCGGUGGACUGAUUCCGGUCGAGGGAAACGUUAAAACAUGUGUUGACUGUUGCUCAAGCGUGUCGAUCAUGAGCAUUAAUUCCAGCAUGCACGAGGAUAUGCGUCUUAUACGUAUAACAAGCAGUCACGUAAUCAGUAAUUUAACGUCUCGAGAAUUGUGUGUCGCUACGUUAGCAGCGCACGAAGAUGCAACCGGCCUUGAACUGCCGAACGAUCUUACUCUUUACAGUCUUAAUAUCUCACCGGCGGACGAUCAGAAACAAGGCAUACCGAUCACACAAUGGUACACAUUGUACAUGGAAGACAUCAUAGAACCCCUUGUACUUUACAUAUCUUUGAGUUUAGGGCAUAAGUGGUCUUGUCCAAUACGUGUCGAUCAAACCAUGAGUCGCAGAUGCGUUGCUGUUCCAAAUGGCUCUAAUACUAUGCCAGUGGUUAUUACGACUCAGGAAGACAAAGGUACAACAUACAUAAUGAUUCAUGCGGAUGAUCAUCCUCAACUGUCAGUUGAAAAUUCUUGCGCUUUCAAAAUAUUACUGGGCCAGGCAAAUGAAACAGGAGAAGCAAUAAUACCGGAUACUUCACACUUCACGUGGGUCUGUGAGGUGGAAAGUGGCGCAACUUGUCACUAUUCCAUUCCUUCCAUUAGCAACAGGUUACCAGACGUACCCGUUUCAGUCGCAUCGAAUGUAUUAUUGUUCUCUGCUGUAACAAGUCACAGCGAUCAGACAAUGAAAACUAAGGAUUUGCGGUGGUCAAGAGGUAUAAACUUGUCUGCAAUAUCAGGGACACCGGUGGAUCAGUAUGUACGAUUCCCGUUUUAUGGGGAUGUGAAGUUGAUCAUGCAAAAUCGUUGUUACACCACAUACAUUAGUGUUAUUCCUAUAUCACAGGUAGAAGUGUCCGCAAGGGACAUUAGAAGUCGACUUCUACGCAAAGAAACUGAUAUGAAAGAAGUGGAAACGUUGCAUAGUAAAUACAUUGAUCAGACAGAUGAUGAUAAAGUGAUAAACGUGCAGAGUUCCGACAGCUCCACAUCGGUGACAACAUUUUUCUCCGCUCAGGACGAGACUUCAAUUACAGAGGCUUCAACUUCCUCGCAAAUGAAUUUACGACAUCUAAUUACGAACAUGGGUAAUAUGAAAACCAGCACAAACGAUCAGACAAAGAUUACUGACGAGAGUAAUUCAAAGGACGGGUCAGCAACUAUCUGUCUUCGCGGAGUAACCAUCAUCACCAUACACGACAUGAAUGAAAACGCGCAGAGGAUCGAAGUUGCUAGUUUAUCCAUGACUGAUGUUAUAGUCACGGUUGCUUCGAGAUCCAGAAUCAUGAAUUUAAGCGCUUUCAUAGGUGAUUUACAGUUAGAUAAUCAAAUGUUCGAUCAAGGAGGUUUCGAUUUCCCUGUAGUGUUGAUCAGUCAAAGUCCACUUGUUACAAAGGGGUCAGGAUAUUAUACAAACAAUUGCUUAAUGAAUAAAGUGGAACAAAUUAGGGAGAACUCUUUAAUAACAAUCGAUUACAUCUUGGAAAAUCAAGGACAUAUAGAAGCAUCAAAAGAACUUCACCUAAAGAUCGCACCUAUUAGUGCUUACAUCGAAGAUACAUAUAUCACUCAGUUACUGAACUAUGCAACUUCAAUGAUACCUCCAAGGUUUUUUGUAUCGGAUGAUGUAAAGAAGACAAGAACAUUGGUUUCAACAACUGGAGUAUGCAUGCCAGAUUACGUAAUGGUUGACGCAAAAAUAUUGAGUGCUCCGUUAAGGCUACAAACUUUGAAAAUAGAACCUGUAUCUAUUCUAUUAAGUGUUCAUACUUCUGUGCGGUUAUAUGUAGCUUUAGACCAUUCGCCAUUAUACUUUGGUACAUUUGAGAAGAAAAAUGUCCUAACUACACCGUAUAGGCUUGGCAAUGCACUCACAAUGCAUUAUCUAUCUGGUGCUAUAUUUGGAGCAGGUUGGGUGGUGGGCUCUUUAGAAAUAUUAGGUUCACCCGGAAGCUUAGCACAAGCUCUUGGUUCAGGGCUUAGAGACUUUGUCUCUCUACCAUUCCAAGGUUUGUUGCAAGGGCCAUGGGGUUUCAUUGUGGGAAUAACACAUGGUUCAGCCAGUUUGAUGAGACAUGUUACAGCAGGUACUUUGAAUUCUGUAACGAAGUUAGCGUCUAGCGUGGCACGAAAUCUCGAUCGAUUAACUCUCGAUGAAGAGCAUCUACAAAGGCAAGAAGAAUCCAGAAGAAUGAGACCACAAGGCAUGGCACAAGGGCUCUACCAAGGCUUAACUGGAUUAGGCAUGAGUGUUCUAGCCGCGGUUGCCGGUAUUGCUCAUCAUCCCUUGCAACAAGUAUGGUCAGGCGAAAUAACGACUAAAAGUCUUGUGACCGGUGUUGGACUAGGACUAGUCGGAGUAGUUACGAAACCUUUAAGCGGAGCUGCAGAAUUAGUUGCCCUGACGGGACAGGGUUUACUCCAGGGGGCAGGCUGGAAUUCUUUACCUUCCCCUCGACAGCGACCAGUUGUCCAAUAUACAACAGGCAAUAACAAUGCAUCCAUUAGGUAUGCUUGGUGGUUGUUACCCCUACUGGAAAAAAAUCAUGGCAAUAUUUUACAUGUUACGAGUGCAGACUAUGUGAUUCAACAAGGCAGUAAUCGGGCUGUAACGUUAAUUCUAACGAGGCAUGCGCUGUUAUUGGUUAACGCAGCUGAAGAUAAUGUCGAGAGACUAUUUUUACUGAAAGAUUUAACAAGUGCUGACUGUCAUCUUGAUUCAACUAUAAGUUUAUACUGUACUUCUAAAACAACACAGCCCAAUAGGCCUGGAUCACCUGCUCCGUACGAGAUGGAUCAAGAAAUGAGAGCACGCGUAGCAGAAUACGUAAGAACUAGUAGUACAGGUUUAGCUAGUGUUUCGACAAACAGUGACGGACAGUCUGAUAUUUUUGAAAAUGCUACUCCUCAUUCCGAUCGUACUCUCACGUUCUACGUUUCUCCCGAUUCCCGUAAUUACUUGUUAUCGUUGUUUAAUAUCGCCAAGCGCCAAAGUCAGGGCAGCGGAUUCAGAGUAUUGUAA